AUGCAUUCUUUCGUUGAAAUUGAAAAAAUUGAAACCUGUAUAUUAGAGAUAAUUAGAUUUUACAGUAGCAUAAAAUUCGAUGUAGAUGUAACCGAUCAAAUGGCUAGAAAACGUAGUGUAAAAUCUAAAUGUCGAAGAUGGCCUUUACAGGCAUUUUUCAAUAUCUUAGAUUUAGCCAGGAUAAGUGCUUAUAUUUUAUAUAAAGAAACGACGGAUGAAGAAAUAUCGAGGCAGGAAUUUUUAUUUCAAUUGGCAGAAGAGCUUGGGAUUAAAUAUCAGAAGGAGAGACAGUCAAGCAAAAAAUUUUCAUUAAAAACAAUAAUAAACACAGCUACAGAUUUUUCUGGACGAAAAUCCUGUCAAAUAAAAUAUUGUAAAGUCAAUAAGACUAACAAAAUUUCCCAUUAUUUUGGAGAAUAUUAG